AUGCCGGCUGAAGAUUUCAGCCUUGCUGCUGUCAUAUAUGCUUUGAGCAUCUUGGAGCGUUGGGUACAAGACGACGAUGUUACCAAUACAUUGACUGGCGACGCAUCAUCGGAACAAGGAGUACAGACAAAGAAGAAAAAGAAGCGUGAACUUCCAUUCACUCGAGAACAAUUCACCAAUAAGCUGAAGGCCUCCUUGUCUAAAUACGUCGGCACUCCUCUACAUCUGUUAGGAAAUAGUCGUCUCCAAAUGUUGUUGAAGCUACUUCUAUUACUAGUGCAGACCUUGCUCAGCAGUGGUAUUCGAAAGAAAGACAACUACAGUGUGGAUGUCGAAUCUGUCCGGCAAGCCAUUACAAGCUUUCUACUUAGGAGGGAUGGCGAUGUUAAGAUUUCUUCAACGGAUAGCCUCGCUGCGCUAGACGAAUUCAAACAACUGUUCCGAACGCUGGAUCCAGAACUGAAGAGUCGCUCGUGUUGGGUAUACAUAGGUCCGGUGUAG